GAUGGCACACUCUGUUGCCAGUAGUAGCACUUUCCAUCACUCAACACAAAGAACUACAAAUACAAUGCAAUGUACAGCAUACCAACAACAUUAUGUGCAACAAGAACUCGAUAGUGAAGAAAGCAACAGCGCGUUGGAAAACCAAGACGCCACCUUGAAGUCUUUAACCACUAGAUUGGAAUACUUACGAAAUGAAGCUAUGAAAAAUAAGAAUGAAAAAUACUGUCCACCAGGAACUUUAGUAUCUUUCUCACCCAUUGCCAACGGAUUGGCUGAGGAAGAGUUGCUGGUAAAACCUGUCGAAGACUUGUUUACUUAUACGGAUAACCCCAACCUAUGGACUAUAGUCAAAAGAACCUUACAAAACUUGGGCUUGUCCUAUGGAGACUUGUGUACUUCAACACUGUAUACCAUAUCCACUUUGGUUUAUGCCGCAAACGGCAAAAUACCUUCGGAAUUGGAAAUAAUGGCAAGUGGAAGUAUCAUAUUUUGGUUGCUUAUUCUUGUACCAACUAUAAAAUAUACCAUAUUCGUUCCUAUGGCAGACCAUAACGGAGAGGGUGGAGCUUUUGCUAUUAUUGGUCUACUAAAACAAAAAAAUGUCAAACCUAAAGUAUUUCAAGUGGCUAAAAUAGUAGCUAUGAUUGGUGCUGGAGCGUUGCUGGCUGAUGGAACGUUGACUCCAGCAAUAUCUGUGGUUAGUGCAAUACAAGGACUGCAGGUUGGAAUUCCAUCCUUGAGUACUUCUUCCGUAGUGGGAAUAAGUGUAGCCAUAUUAUUUAUUGUAUUUGUCGGACAACCGCUUGGUUCCUCAAGAAUUGGUUGGGCAUAUGGUCCUAUUCUAUUCGUUUUCUGUAUUUGUCAAUCCGUAGCAGGAAUUCGAAAUAUUAUUUAUUAUCCAAAAAUAUUCCAAUGUAUCAAUCCUUGGUAUGCUUUCAGAGGAAUAGGAUAUGUAUGGAAUGACAAUUCUGUGGGUUUUGUUAAACUAUCAGCUGCAUUAUUAUCCUUGACAGGUUCUGAAGCCAUGUAUGCAGACAUGGGACAUUUUGGAAGAACUCCUAUGAGGAUCGGUUGGCUUGGUAUCGUGUUUCCUUCCGUACUUUUGUCUUAUUUUGGACAAUUGGCAAUGAUUGCAGCGCAACCAGAAUUGGCAAUACGUGCGGGAGAUAAGAUAUUUUUUUAUCAAGUUUCUACUCAGCUAUUAUGGCCUCUCAUAGUUAUAAGUACAUUAGCUGCCAUCGUGGCUUCACAAGCUAUUGUUAGUGGAGCAUUUUCUAUUAUGGGACAAGCAGUAGCAAUGGACUUAUUUCCAAGGCUUCGUGUGAAGAGAACCAAUACACAGAUAUAUGGUCAAGUGUUUUUACCGGAAAUCAAUAUUAUAUUAGCCAUCAUUACAUUAUCACUGGAAGUUGGCUUUCGUACGAGUUCAGCAUUAACUAGUGCAUUUGGAGUAGCUGUUUCAACCAGUUUCGUGACGACAAGUUUUUUGUACACUUUGGUUAUCGCAUAUGGUUGGAAAAAGCCUUGGUACAUAUGGAUAGGCUAUCCUUUGGUUUUGGGCACGGUCGACAUUCUUUUAUGGUCAAGUUCACUUACCAAAGUUCCCACUGGUGGUUAUGUUCCCGUAGUUAUUUGUCUCAUCACUGUGUUUUUAAUGAGUGUUUGGCAAUGGGGCUCUAAACAACAAGAAAAGUAUAUGACUAAUCAUUGUCUUCGAUGGUCGGAAUAUCAACAAUACAUGGCUAGUCCAACAGAACACUUAACUUGUAGGGUCCAAGGUACUGGAAUAUUCUUGACAUCUUCAGUAUAUGGAAUUCCCUAUCCAUUGAAAGCUAUUUUGAACAAGUUACAUGUUUUACCUCGAGUACUGAUAUUUGUAACUAUUCGUUCUGCUCCUGUACCUUUUGUAGAUGAAGAUGUUCGAUUUCACUUGAUUCGAUAUAGUCAAAGUUUAUAUCGAUUGGUAGUCAAUAUAGGUUAUGCCGAAAAGGUAUUGCAUAUGCAAGAAGUUUUGAGAACUGCUGAAGUUCAACUUACUCCGGAUGUACAGUUAUUACAUGAUCCACUGAGUUUUUUUAAAGGAAGAACGGAACUGAAGCCAAGAAAGGAUGCACACUUGAUACAUCGUUGGAUGGUUCGAUUGUGUAAUAUACUCAAACACGUAUCUGCCAAUAUUGAUGAAGUCUUGGGUUUGCCAGUAGACACUUUAGAAAUUGGCACCGUUGCAGUGAUAUAGCUUUGUGCGUUAACGAGCUUAUCAUGGAAACUAUCGGUGUUCGUGUUGAUCAACAAAAUGGAAUUUCUUAAUCCCACUUCAAUUU